AUGGGGAAAACCAACCGCGCCGCGCGCAAAGCCGGAGGAGGCGCCCAGCCAAAGGCCCAGUUCGCAACCAAGGCCGUCUUCGAGACCACCAAGAAGAAGGAAGUCGGUGUGUCGGAUCUCACCUUGAUUAGCAAGGUCUCCAAUGAGGCUAUCAAUGAGAACCUGAAGAAGCGCUUCGAAAAUGGCGAGAUAUACACAUACAUUGGACAUGUGUUGGUCUCGGUCAACCCGUUCCGCGACUUGGGCAUAUACACCGACCAAGUGCUGGAGAGCUACAAGGGCAAGAACAGGCUGGAGGUGCCCCCUCACGUCUUCGCAAUCGCCGAGUCCGCCUACUACAAUAUGAAUGCAUACAAGGAGAAUCAAUGUGUCAUCAUUUCUGGCGAAUCAGGAGCAGGAAAGACAGAAGCAGCGAAGCGACUUAUGCAGUACAUCGCCAACGUCUCAGGAGGCAGCAACUCGUCUAUCCAGGAGAUCAAGGACAUGGUGCUGGCCACCAACCCUUUACUCGAAUCCUUCGGAAACGCAAAGACGCUGAGAAACAACAACUCGUCGCGGUUCGGAAAAUACCUCGAGAUCCACUUCAAUGCGCAAGGAGAGCCAGUGGGAGCAAACAUCAACAACUACCUACUUGAGAAGACGCGGGUGACUGGUCAGAUCACAAACGAGCGCAACUUCCAUAUCUUCUACCAGUUCACAAAAGCCGCAUCCUCGCAAUACAGAGAAAUCUUCGGCCUACAACAACCGCAAGCCUACCUAUACACGAGUAAAUCUAAAUGCUUCGACGUCCCAGGAAUCGACGAUCAUGCCGAGUUCGACGACACGCUGAAUGCCAUGAAGGUCAUUGGACUACCACAAGCUGAGCAGGACAACAUCUUCCGAAUGCUUGCAGCAAUUCUGUGGCUAGGAAACGUAACGUUCCGCGAGGAUGAUUCUGGCAACGCAGCCAUUGUGGACCAGUCAGUCGUGGAUUUCGUGGCUUAUCUCCUCGAAGUAGACUCGGCGCAUGUCAACAAAGCCCUUACCAUUCGUGUUAUGGAGACGAGUCGAGGAGGACGACGAGGUUCCGUAUAUGACGUACCUCUAAACUGCGCGCAAGCGGGCGCAGUCCGAGACGCGCUUUCAAAGGGAAUCUACUUCAACCUUUUCGACUGGAUCGUGGAACGCGUCAAUGUUUCCUUGAAGGCCCGAGGCGCGACCGCCCAGUCCAUUGGUAUUUUGGACAUUUACGGUUUCGAGAUCUUCGAAAAGAACAGCUUCGAGCAAUUGUGCAUCAACUACGUCAACGAGAAACUACAACAGAUCUUCAUCCAAUUGACGCUCAAGGCGGAGCAAGAAGAGUACGAGCGCGAGCAGAUCAAGUGGACGCCCAUCAAGUAUUUCGAUAACAAGAUUGUGUGCGAUUUGAUCGAGGAGAAGCGACCACCGGGUGUCUUUGCUGCCCUGAACGACGCCUGUGCAACAGCCCACGCCGACCCAACCGCCGCGGAUCAAACUUUCGUCCAGAGACUAAACGCUCUAUCGUCGAACCCCAACUUCACGCCUCGUCAGGGUCAGUUCGUCAUCAAGCACUAUGCUGGUGAAGUCUCGUACGCGAUUGAUGGCAUGACCGACAAGAACAAAGACCAGUUACUAAAGGAUCUGCUAAACCUGCUCGGACAAAGUAGCAACACUUUUGUACAUACGCUCUUCCCGAACCAGGUAGACCAGGACAACAGGCGGCGACCCCCGACGGCUGGAGAUAAGAUCAAGGCCUCUGCGAACGAUCUGGUAACGACUCUGAUGCAAGCUCGUCCGUCCUACAUCCGUACCAUCAAGCCCAACGAAAACAAGUCGCCCAAGGAAUUCACCGAUGCCAACGUACUUCAUCAGGUCAAGUACUUGGGUCUUCAAGAGAACGUGCGCAUUCGAAGAGCCGGAUUCGCAUCACGUCAAACCUUCGAUAAGUUUGUGGAACGAUUCUUCUUGUUGUCACCCAAGUGUUCAUAUGCCGGAGAGUACACUUGGACUGGGGAUUACGAGACUGGAGCGAAACAGAUCUUGAAGGAUACCAACAUUCCAGCGGAGGAAUUCCAGAUCGGUACAACAAAGGUGUUCAUCAAGACUCCUGAGACGCUGUUCGCCUUGGAGACAAUGCGCGACAAAUACUGGCAUAAUAUGGCUAUUCGCAUUCAACGUGCAUGGAGAAACUACCUGCGAUACCGAACAGAGUGUGCAGUACGGAUCCAGCGGUUCUGGCGAAAGCUCAACGGAGGCAAAGAAUUCAUCGAAUGGCGAGACCAAGGGCACAAGAUCCUCCAGGGCCGUAAAGAGCGCAGGAGGUAUAGUUUGAUUGGUUCCCGAAGAUUCAUGGGCGACUAUCUCGGUAUUGGCAACAAAGGUGGCCCUGGUGAGGUCAUUGCUGGUGCCAUUGGUAUAGCCUCGAAUGAGGAGGUACCAUUCUCAUGUAGAGCUGAGGUGCUUGUCUCGAAACUUGGUCGAUCGAGUAAACCAGAAGCUCGCUCGCUGAUCCUCACGAAGAAGAACGUCUACCUCGUCAAGCAGGUCAUGGUGAAUCGCCAAGUUCAGAUUCAGGCCGAGAGGACAAUACCUGUGGGCGCUAUUAAGAUGAUUAGUUGUUCUACACUCAAGGACGACUGGUUCUCGAUCGGUGCUGGGUCACCCACUGAGCCUGAUCCACUCGUGAACUGCGUUUUUAAGACCGAGUUCUUCACUCAGCUGACGAACGUAUUGCGGGGCUCACUGACACUUCAGAUAGGCGAGACGAUUCAGUACAAUAAGAAGCCUGGCAAGCCGGCCCAAGUCAAGGUCGUCAAAGAUCCCGCAGUGCCGAGAGACGACCUGUACAAAAGUGGCACCAUCCACACUGGGCCAGGAGAGCCACCCAACUCCGUCUCUAAACCCACACCAAAAGGCAAGCAGAUCGCUGCAAAGCCCAUCACAAAGGGUAAGCUGUUGCGGCCCGGUGGCCCUGGUGGAGGUCCCUCAAAGCUUGCCUCUCGUCCAGCACAACCGAGAGCUGUGCCCACGCCUGCCGCUGCGCAACCGAGAGCUGUACCUCAGCCAGAAGUGUCGCAAGCAAGACCCGUUCCCGCACCGGUCGCUGCCUUGUCAAAUGGCAUGGGCUCUCACGCGCGUACCGCGUCAGCCGGUUCAUCGCGCACGCCCCCUCCGCCUCCUCCGCCGCCGCCGGCGCCAGCUCAACCAAAAGAGCCUCGGUACAAGGCGCUGUAUGACUUUGCAGGUCAGAGUGCUGGAGAGCUGAGUCUCGGGAAAGACGAGAUCAUCCUGGUCACACAGAAGGAGGGCAAUGGUUGGUGGUUAGCAUCCCGUCUUGACAAGUCCGCUUCCGGUUGGGCACCUUCUGCGUACCUUGAGGAAGUUGUCCAACGUGCUGCCGCUCCGCCUCCACCUCCAGCGCCACCUGCCCGCCCAGCGAACGGCAAGCCCAAGCCUCCGGCUCCGCCUGCCAAACGUCCUGCUGCUAGAAAGGCUGUCAACGGUGACUCUGGGCGGGACAGUGGGUACAGUGGUAGUGGAGGUAGCACCAUGGAGAGCGCGAGAGAUAGCAGUGGUAGCAUCGCUGGUGGACUAGCAGAGGCACUUAGACAGCGACAGGCCGCUAUGCAUGGAAGGAAACAGGAUGAUUGGUAG